UGUUCAGUUCACUCAUCUUCAAUCUUCAAGAGAGAAAUCAUCGUAAUCAUGGGCGUCGUAAUAAUCGAUGGAACCACGGUGCGUGACUUCGUAAGCAACGAGGAGUCGUUCACGAAGAGCGUCGACGAGCAGUUCGCGGCUUUGGAUCUCAACAACGACGGCGUUUUGUCGCGUUCAGAGCUACGAACUGCGUUCGAGUCGAUGCGCCUCAUCGAGGCUCACUUCGGCAUCGACGUGGCAACGCCGCCGGAUGAAUUGAAGAGCUUGUACGACUCCAUCUUCGACAAGUUUGACGGCGACAACAGCGGCGCCGUUGACCGCAACGAGUUCCGAUCGGAGAUGAAGAAGAUCAUGCUGGCUAUCGCAGAUGGGUUGGGCUCCUUCCCCAUUCAGAUGGUCCUCGAAGACGAUCCCAAUAGCCUCCUCCAGAAAGCUGCAGAUCUAGAAGCUUCCAAGACCGCCGCCACCUGAAACGACACCGGUUUUGGUACCUUUUGUCUUGUAGCAGGUCUGGGACGCUCUAGCUUGAUUACAGCAAGUACACAUACCCUGGAACCUGUCCAGAUACAUGCUGCAGAAUUAGACUUCUCCAUCAGGACACUUCUAUCUAUUAUUCAGCCACCUAUACUUGAACUAAAGCCUCUGCCCAAGAACUUAAAGUAUGCAUUUUUAGAGAUUGAUAACAAGCUACCAGUAAUCAUUUCAGUAGAUUUGGAUGCUGCACAAGAAUAGAAGUUGUUGCAAACUUUAGCACCCACAAGAAACCAAUUGGGUGGACUUUGGCAGACAUUCCAAAAAUUAGCUCAUCCACUUGUAUGCACAGAAUUCUGCUGAAUGAAGAUGCAAAACCUGUGAGACAUCCUUAAAGAAGGAUGAAUCCCACCCUCUUGGAGGUGGUGAAUAAAGCAGUUGACAAACUUUUAGCUGCUAGCAUGAUAUACCUGAUAUCUAAUAGCGAGUCAGUGAGUCUGAUCCAUGUUGUACCCAAGAAGACUGGUAUAACAGUCACAAAGAACCAGUUUGAUAAGCUGAUUUUGACCAGAAUUCAGAAUGGGUGGCGAGUUUGUAUUGAUUAUAGGAAGCUAAAUCAAGGUACUCACAAAGAUCACUUUCCCCUACCUUUUAUUGAUCAGGUCUUGGAGUGGAUAGUAGGAAAAUUCCAUUACUACUUGCUAGACGAAUUUUCUGGUUACUUUCAAAUACAUAUAGCCCCAGAGGAUCAGCAUAAGACUAUCUUCACUUAUCCUUUUAGCACCUUUGCUUACAGACGAAUGUCAUUUAGACUGUGUAAUGCACCUGGCACUUUUCAGAGGUGUAUGAUGAGCAUUUUUGUGGACUUCCUAGAGACCUCACUUGAAGUAUUCAUGGACGACUUUACUGUUUAUGGGUCUUCCUUUGAUGCAUGUUUAGAUAGCUUGUCUAGAGUAUUAGAUAGGUGCAUAUAGUUUAAUUUGGUUUUAAAUUAUGAGAAAUGUCAUUUUAUAGUGACUAAAGGGACUGUACCAGGUCAUGUAAUGUCAAGUAGGGGUAUUGAGACUGAUAGAACCAAGAUUGAUGUAAUUGUUUCUUUACCUUACCCUACUUCUAUGAAAGAAGUGCACUAUUUUCUUAGCUAUGCAGGUUUCUAUAGGCGGUUCAUCAAGGAUUUCAACAAAAUCGCAUCCCCAUUAUCUACCCUUUUGCAGAAAGAUACUGAUUUCAUCUUUGAUCAAACCUACAAGGACGCUUUUGAUGAGUUGAAGAGGCGCCUCACUUCUAUUUCAAUCAUUCAGCCUCCAAGUUGGGAGAUUCUGUUUGAGCUUAUGUGUGAUACUUCAAAUUUUGCAGUUGGUGCUGUUCUUGGUCAAAAAGUGGAGAAGCAACCCCAUGUCAUAGCCUAUGCUUCUCGGACAUUGGAUAAAGCACAAGCAAACUACACUACUACAAAAAAAGAACUUUUGGCUAUUGUUUUUGCUUUAGAUAAAUUUUGGUUCAUAUUUACUUGGCUCUAAAGUAAUUGUUUUCUUUGAUCAUAUAGCUCUGAGGUACUUGCUUAAGAAGUCAGAUUCUAAAUCGAGACUAAUUCACUGGAUGCUUCUUUUGCAAGAGUUUGACAUUGAUAUCAGAGAUAGAAAUGGUGCAAAAAACUUAGUGGCAGACUAAUUGAGCAGAAUUCAACAGCCACUGGAGGAUCUCCUUAUUAGAGACAUAUUUCCAAAUGAGCAGCUUUACCACAUUGGAGGGCAUGAUCCUUGAUAUGCAGACUUGGUAAAUUAUUUGGCUGCUUAGGAGAUUCCUACAUACUUUUUCAAAGGUCAAGCUGCCAAGCUGAAGAGUGAUUCCAAAUACUAUAUUUGGGAUGAUCCAUACUUAUGGAAGAUGUGCAAUGACAAGAUUAUCAAAUGAUGUGUGCUCGAACCUAAGUUCCAGUCUAUGCUUAGAUUUUACCAUUCCUUGGCUUGCGGUGGACACUUUGAAUCUCAAUGUACAGCUCGAAAGAUUUUAGAUUCUGGACUAUAUUGACCUACUAUGUUCUGGAAUGCACAUAACUUCUGUAAGACAUGUGAGCGAUGCCAAAGGACUGGAAACAUCUCGCGCCGGAAUGAGAUAGCCUAACUACCUCUCCUUUUCUGUGAGGUAUUUGAUGUAUGGGGCAUAGAUUUUAUGGGUCCCUUUCCUGUUUCAUUUGGCUAUACCUAUAUUUUGUUAGCAGUGGACUAUGUCUCCAAGUGGGUGGAGGCAAAGGUCACUCGUAUUGAUGAUGCUCAUGUUGUUGUAGAAUUUGUAAAGUCACACAUUUUUUGCAGGUUUGGAUUUCUCAAAGCAUUAAUUAGUGACCAGGGAUCGCAUAAUAGCUGCCUUACUCCAAAAGUUUCAGGUUAUGCAUAAAGUUUCCACACCAUACCACCCUCAGACUAACAGAUAAGCGGAGAUCUCCAAUCCGGAAAUAAAGCAAAUCCUAGAGAAGACUGUCCAACCCAACAGAAAGGAUUGGAGUCUACGCUAGGAGGAAGCUCUGUGGGCUUACAGAAUUGCCUACAAAACACCCACAGGAAUGUCUCCUUAUCGGGUUGUUUUUGGCAAGGCAUGUCAUCUACUAGUAGAAGUGGAGCAUAAGGCAUUAUAGGCAUUUCAAUCAAUGUAAUUUGGAUAUAGGGGCGGUUGGCUCACACAGGAAGCUUCAAUUACAAUAGUUGGAGGAGAUUUAUAAAGAAGCAUAUGAGAACUUCAACAUCUACAAGGAGCGCACCAAGGCUUUCCAUGAUAAGCUAAUAGGGCGUAAAGAGUUCCACAUUAGUGACAAAUUCCUUUUAUAUAAUUCUAGAAUUAAGUUGAUGUCCAAUAAAUUGAGAUUUAGGUGGAAUGGUCCCUUUCUUGUUAUUAACAUUUUUCCUUAUAGUGUUGUUGAACUUCAAGAUAUGGGAUUGCAAAGGAGAUUUAAAGUUAAUGGGCAUCGGUUCAAGGUUUUUCAUGAGGGCUUAGAAGAACAUGAACAAGAGGAGGCCACUUUUGAAUUGGCCACCUACCUCGAUUUAUAGAGAGUUUUCUUACCUCUCUUUCACUUAUUGGAUUGUUUGAAUUGUCCUUAUGCUUAUUGUGUUUUCCAUUGAGGACAAUGUUAAUUUCAAGUGGAGGGAGUACUAUGUUUUUGGUGUGUACUUAGUCUAAUUAAGUGAUUAUUUCAUAGCUUUGAUGGAUUGAUUGAAUCAUUCUUUGAUUUGAUAGGUGAACUUUAAUAUCUUGUGUGUUUGAUUAUUUGUGAUAGAAUAUAUACUUUGUGAGAUUUUGAACCAUAUAGAUCACAAUAUCAUGUCAUUUUACUUCAUUAUGUGAUUACACUCAUGGUUGUAUGGCACCAAAACCUGCCUUAAGCUUUUUGAGACUAUAUUUCCAUAUGCUUGCAUUAGAAUGAUAGAGACAUCAUUUCUUUCUUAGAAACUACUAACCAAAAAUCCAACCUUGCAUUAUUUCCAUUGUUUAAGUCCCCUUGAGUCUAAUUGGCCUAUUUCUUGUGAUCAUAGCUCAUUUCAACUCAAAAGUGUAAAACAAUAAAAUGACCCAACCUUAGGAGAUACAAGAACUUUAAAAUUAUUUUGGGAAUGAUCAUAGAAAUAAGUGUGGGGGAGAUUACUUUAAAAAAUGCAAGAGAAAAGAAAAAUC